AUGUCGGUUGCCUUUGCUUCUGCUCGCCCAAGAGGCAAAGGGGAGGUCACCCAGCAAACUAUCCAGAAGAUGCUAGAUGAAAAUCACCACCUAAUACAAUGUAUUAUGGAUUAUCAGAGCAAGGGGAAAACUGCAGAAUGUACUCAAUAUCAACAAAUCUUGCACAGAAACCUGGUUUACUUGGCAACAAUAGCAGAUUCUAACCAGAAUAUGCAGUCCUUGCUUCCUGCUCCACCAACGCAAAACAUAAACUUGGGCCCAGGAGGAAUGACUCAGAGUGCAUCCAACCAAUCUCUCCAUUCACAGAGCAAUCUCAGCGAUGCAAUUGGGACGGGCCUUCCUCCUUCCUCCCUCAUGCAGAGUCAGAUUAGCAAUGGCACACUGCCAGGUCCUAAUCACGUGUCUAUGCAGCAGUCAGGCCAGAACACUAUGCCCACGACCUCUCUGAGUAUGACUGUCAGCAGUCAUGGAACUGGGCCUGGUUAUAGCCAUACAGUGCCUGCAUCUCAGAAUGUGCCAAUGCAAGGCCAGGGGUCAAUAGGCAAUUAUGUCUCUCGAACAAACAUCAACAUGCAGUCUAAUCCAGUCUCCAUGAUGCACCAGCAAGCAGCAACGUCACAUUACAACUCAGCGCAAGGAGGGAGCCAGCAUUACCAGGGGCAGUCCUCCAUUGCCAUGAUGAGUCAGAGCAACCAAGGCAACAGCAUGAUGGGUCAGCGACCAAUGGGCCCUUACAGAGCUUCACAGCAAGGUUCCUCGCAGCAGUACAUGGGUCAGGAAGAAUAUUACAGUGAACAGUACAGUCAUGGGCAAGGCUCAUCAGAACCUAUGAAUCAGCAAUACUAUCCGGAUGGACAUGGUGAUUAUGCCUAUCAGCAGUCAUCCUAUACUGAGCAGAGCUAUGACAGGUCAUUUGACGACUCUACACAACACUAUUAUGAAGGAGGAAAUUCUCAGUACAGCCAGCAGCAGGCAGGAUACCAACAGGGAGCUGCACAACAGCAAACAUAUUCCCAGCAGCAAUACCCAAAUCAACAAAGUUACCCAGGACAACAGCAAGGAUACGGUCCUGCACAAGGAGCCUCUUCACAGUAUUCCAGCUACCAACAGGGACAGGGGCAGCAAUACGGAAGUUACAGAGCUUCUCAGACAGGCCCAUCCGCUCAGCAACAGAGGCCUUACGGCUACGAGCAGGGACAGUAUGGAAAUUACCAGCAAUAAAAGAAUACGAUCCUGUGUCAGAUUCAUUUCAAUAGUAUCUCCAUCUUUUGAACUGGAUGUACAGGCAGUUUUGAUUAAUUGUAAUAUGUUGGUUACCCCUUAGCACAAAGCAGCGUCUGUAUGUGAACAGUGUUCAUUUCAUGCUGGAUAUGAAGCAGUGCACU